GACAACACACACCAAUCAGCCGACUUACGCGCAUGCGCAUUGUCACACAGCUAUCCCCACCCUUUGCCUCCCAUACAGGAAGCUGAAGUGCUAACCAGCUAGCUGUCAACAAAGGGCAGAACUGUACCAAAUAGAUAAAUCCAUGUAGAAGCCGACUCCGAGCUCCUUUCUCUUUACGAUUUGCUUCUCCGCGCGGCCAGUUGAGUCUCUUAAACAUGGCAACCACCGCUCAGCUGUUCGAGGUAAGAGGACUGCUGUGCUAGCUGUCAGGCUACGGAUGCUAACUAUCAAUAAGGAUCGCUUAACGGUGUCGUCCUCCUUCUCCUUCAGCGGAGUAUAGAAAACACCUGAGAGCUCACACACCUCGAUAGAUGUCUUUUUUUGCCUUAAGAGAAAAUUUGCAAGAUAUUUUUACUGGUAUUUAAAGAAACGUCUCUGUUAAUGAUUGUUAGCCUGACAUGCAAUCCAAAGACAUUAAAGCGCUGCAGCAGUAGAGUGAUGUUAUUCAUUUAUCUGUGGGGUAUAUACGGUCAUGUACUGUUGGUUUGCAGAUGUCGUAGCUUUAGAAAAUUACAAAUGUGGGCAUGAAUGAUUAGAUGGCUUCCACUUGCUUGGACUUGGAAACAGGACAAUACAUUUCCGUUUCUUUUUUUCUUGUUAUGGUCUUUGUAUAUAUGGAAAACAGCUGGUUAUUGAUGCAAAAGCCUCUGAAAAGCGCUUUGAAAACUGUUUUUAACUGUCCAUAUGGUUUAUUUGAAGUUUUUAACAUGUGGGUAUAAUCCUGUAGUGAACUAAAAGUCAUUUACCUUUUAGUUUUUCAGUAUAGUUUGACAGUAGAGGCUGAUGUUUUUCCAGAAUUAAGUGAAGUGACAGUCCUCAACCCUUGAUUUCUCCCAUGUCUUCCUCCCCCUCAGGAGCCCUUUGAUGCAGAUGAGUACAUAGAAAGGUUGGCAUGGAGGACUCCUGGAGGAGGCUCCAAAGGAGGAGCAGAGGCUUUUGACCCUAAAAGGUACUGUUGGAGCGUGAGGGUCACAUUGACUUCAUGCAUUAUUCUUCCUUUAAUCAUGAACAAGAAACAAAGUAUAGUUUUAACCUCAACUUACUGUUUCUAAUGUAUCACCUGGUUCCUAAAUUAUUGUUUAAUACAAUCGGGAAUACACCAUCAUUGCACUUUUAUGCAGUCCAUCAUUAAGAACACAGUCAACACAAUUUUCUCUCAGAUGUUUUUACACUAUCAAGCUUGGAUUUCUUGUAUUAACAUCCAGCUAAGUUAAAUCAACACGUUUCCUCUAAAUAUUGUUUCUUCAUAAUGUCAAUUCUUGGAUUAAGAAAAAAUACAGUUUUACAUUCAUGUCUAAUGGCAAUGUGACAAAUCCAACCAGAGCCAAAUCAGCGCAUUUUAAAUGACUUCUCAGUCACAGUCCACAUUGUAAGACAUCUCUACCUAUCAGAUUUUUGAACAAAGUUGAUCAAUUGAUGACAUUAAGAUAUUACUUUUCAAUCAAAUCAAUUCAGUCUUAAGACUUAAAGACAAAUCUUGUUUUCACGUGGUAAAUAUUUCUGAAGAAGAGUGCAUUUUAACCCCAAGUCCAUCAGUAUAACAUGUAUUUUUUUAUUCACUACAGUCUGUAUCAUCUUCCUAAACACUCAGAGCCAAACUGUGCUGCCCUUCCUGCACUUGCUUAAGCGUGUCAUGGCGUCUCUUCUGCCAAUUAAAAUAAAAAUAACUGGAAAUAUCUAUGCUUAAGAUUAUUUUUCAGGGUAUUUCCACUGCAUGUUGUUGUGUUUACUCUCAGGGACUGAGUUAUUUCUCAUAAGCAAAAAUGCCAGUUUAACCAGUUUAACUAUCCCGUGGAUCCACCCUGCCUUAUCUACUUCCUCCACAAAACUGUUGCCGCCACCUCCUCUGAAGCUCUUAGCAAGGAGUCAGAGACAACAUAUCUGUGGAGGCCACCAUACUGUGAGUCACCAGCCAGGGAAUGAGUGUCUAUUGGAAAAAAGGAUGGGAGAUGUCUUUAAGCUGUAGCCAGUGCCGAGGGAAUUAGUCAAGAGAUUAUACACUCAUCAUUUUGGGAUGUUUCCUGCUCCGUGAAAUGUGGUGCUGACUUAGAACAUUUGCUCUGCAGUCCUGAUGGCACUUAAAAUGCAGCUGACGAAGUUGCUAGUUUUCAGAGCUUCUUAAGUCUGGGGACCCAGGAAUUAAUCAUCAGGGACUAUUCUGUAACUAACUAUAUCUAUAGCCGUGAGGUCAGUGGGACAGAUUAAACCUUGUGGUUUUUUGUACUGAUCUACUGAUUAGACGACUGAUAAACUCUGGAUUUAUACAUUCCUUCUUUCCUCUGUGACAGGUUGUUGGAGGAGUUUGAAAACCACAUAGAAGAGCUGAAGCAGCUGGAUGAGAAGAUCCAGCGGCGGGUGGAGAAGCUUGAGCAUCAGUGUCAUCGUGAGGCCAAGGAGUUUGCCCACAAAGUUCAAGACUUGCAGAGAAGCAACCAGGUAUGCUCAAUGAUGAGAAUGCUGAUUGACUCCCUCUGAAUUUUGUAUUCAAUACAUGACAGAAUGACUUAUCUGUUCUCUGUGUUUCCUCUGUUUUUCCUUCAUCCAGGUGGCCUUUCAGCAUUUCCAGGAGCUCGAUGAGCACAUCAGUUAUGUGGCAACCAAGGUUUGUCACCUUGGAGACCAGCUAGAGGGGGUGAACACACCUCGGCAGAGGGCUGUGGAAGCUCAGCGUCUGAUGACCUACUUCAACGAGUUCCUGGAUGGAGACCUGCGAAGUGACGUCUUCAAUAACCCAGACAAGGUAAGUAUGCUGUGUGUGUUUCCACCAUUUACAUCAGUGGAGGUGUGUGUGUAUGUGUGUGUGUGUGACCAUUACUUAGGACUCCCUGCUGUGAUACAGCUGGAGGUGAGAAGGAACAGGAUUAUGAGGUAAACCGUCCAUAUUGAUUUGUCAAGUUUAUCCCUUUAGUUGGAUCCCUCGGCUAAUUUGGAUUAAUCAACUGUCAUUUGCCGUGUGACAAUAGCCCACUGAUUGACUAGCAUGGGUGUCAACAUGCUCAUGUCAACCCUAAUUGCAUUUACAGGAGGUUGUCUAGGAGCAGGAUUUUGGUAGGUCCUCAGCUUUGUGUCGCAUUACAGCAGCAAAGAGCCUGUGGCAUUAUGUAAGGGCGGUGAUAACAUGCAUGCAGGAAGAUGAGGUGCACUCUCAAACUUAGUUCCAGCCCACAAAGAUACCACACUGAUGUUGGGAGAGUAACCCCAGAAAGUUUGAUUUUGCAGUUUUCCAAGUGGCAGCAUGAAGAUUGGGAUGCUUUAGAUUAUUUCUUAUUAGUAGCAACAUCAUUAGUGGAUGCAGAAGAGUGAGUCUGAGGGUCAAUCCCAAAGACGAGAGUCUGAGAUGGAGCUGGUUUUUCCGGAGAGGCAUGCAGAAAUAUCUGGCCAGAUUCCUUUUUUCCUGAGCAUACCUCGAGACGAAGGGGAAAGAGGAAAGCUGCAAGUGAAUAGCUGAAGGGGGAUGGCUUUGCUAAUCCUUCUGAAAGGGAGGGCUGGGCCGCCAGCGUGGAGACAAGUGCUGCUAAACCCUGACUGCAGGGAGACGGCUACAUUACUUACAUGGGAUUUAGCUAAUCUUAGCUGGGGGACAGAUACUUAGAAAACCUUCGCCGAGCAGAAAGGCUGGAUCCUCCUCACGGGAGCAGAGUAAUGAUGUUAGCUGAGGCAGGCAUCUGCGGGAACAGAGGAGUUGCGGACGGCGGGCCUUUCGUAGGUCCAGGGUUUUUUUCAGUCAGUGUGUAUGUCAGGAGGGGGCGGGGGGGAGGGGGGUUCUCAACAGGGCCCCCUUUUUUUGAGGCAGAUAUCCCUGGCCGGACAGAUUAUUGAAGGCGAUUUAGACUCCUGUGGGAUUACAGCCCAUUCAGAAAAGGCAUGCCAAUAAAGAGUUGGAUGUGCUGCUAAGUCAGGACUGCUGCUGUUGCUGCUGCCGAUGCCCAGGUGAGCGCAGCCUGUCUGUUAUCAGCUUCCUGUUCAACAUGGGAAGGUGGAGGAGGGCUGCGCUGAAAUGAUGAUCCCCCAAAUGGAGACACUGCCGGCGGCCUACCAGCUUUUUGUCUGGAUGUCCACCUCUCAUGGACCUGUCGUGCUCUAUCUCUUUUUGCCGCACCUGACACUCUACCUCCUUCUCACACUCAUCCUCUCUCUCUCACUCUCUUCCUCAGAUUAAGGAGGCUGCCGAUAUAAUUCAGAAGCUGCAUCUAAUUGCCCAAGAGCUGCCAUUCGACAGGUGAGUCAGGCAUCCUGGAGGCAGCUUUAGACAAGAGCAUGUCAAACAAGGGAAAGGUAGAGUAUUAGUGAUGUAGACGGUUAGUCACAGUGUAAGCCCAAUGCAAGACUAUUGGGUUAGAUAGUGUUUCCAAAAAGUAAAGACACGUUUAUAUUUCAAAUAUAUUUCAUAAUAUCUUUUUAAAUUUUCUGCCUGAAGAUUAACAGUUUUUGUUUUCUGACAGAUUCGCAGAUGUCAAGGCAAAAAUUGCAAGUAAGUUAAUGGAAUAAAGCAUAGUAUCUACUUUUAAACAGGCCUCAUUGUUAUUGUGAUAGAUCAGGAAUCAGUCACAAAUGAUACAUGAAGUUUUAUUUCUCCUUACAGGUAAGUACCAUGAUCUGGAGAGGCAGCUAAUCCAGGAGUUUACUGCUGCUCAGCGCAGGGGUGAGAUCGGACGCAUGCGCGAGGUGGCAGCGGUGCUUUUACAUUUCAAGGUAACCUGAUCACAGGGCUUGUCAUUGUCACCAUAUUCAGUUUUAAAUGCAAGCUCCAUGUCUGUGAAGUUCUUCUGUGUCUUUAAAGCUGCACUGUAGUGACACAGUCUCUCUAACUCUCAACCUGGGUCUUUUUUAAAGGGCUAUGCACACUGUGUGGACGUCUACAUCAAGCAGUGUCAGGAAGUGAGUGUUCAAAGUUUGAAUUACUCUUAUUUUGUAGAUAACAUUCACAGCAUCCCUGUUAACCCUUCAUAUGUCUUUCCUAUAGGGGGCCUACAUGAGGAAUGAUGUGUUUGAGGACACUGCAGUUCUCUGUCAAAGGGUCAACAAGCAGGUCGGAGACAUCUUCAGCAGCCCAGAGACUGUUAUGGCCAAACUCAUCCAGAACAUCUUUGAAAACAAACUACAGGUAUCAAAAUUCCCUCUCAUGCGCUUAAUUAAGAUUUCUUUAUCGUUCCUUUAAUAACUGAAACAUUCAUGUCUGCAGGCCCACGUCAAAGAAAAACUGGAUGAGACUCGACACACAGAUGUGGAACAGUAUCUCAAAAACCUCUAUGACCUGUACACCAGGUAUUCACUCGUUUUUUUUAUCCCAGUCUAAAUUCACCUUCAUGCUAUUGUUUUGACACAUUUAUUUAUUUUUUCUGAUUUUCUAGGACCACAUCAUUAGCCACUAAACUGACAGAGUUCAAUCUGGGCUCAGACAAGCACACUUUCCUGUCCAAGCUGAUAAAGAGCAUCUUCUCCUCGUACCUUGAAAGCUACAUUGACAUGGAGAGGGAAUACCUCCGCACUAGAGGUGCAAUGAUUCUGCAACGCUACUAUGACUCCAAGAAUCACCAGAAACGACCGAUUGGCACUGGCAGGUCAGUAGAGGAGCUGAAGAAUGAGAAUGUAUGAUGCAGAGGGAUGAGGUUUUAUUUUUUAUUUUUUUUACAAGCUUGCUGUGUUUUUCAACAGUAUCCAAGAGCUGAAGGAACGGAUCAGACAGCGCACCAACCUGCCUCUUGGACCCAUGAUUGAAACUCAUGGAGAGACCUUUCUGUCCCCAGAGCUCGUAGUCAACCUUCUGCAGGAGACGCGACACGCCUUUGAAAGAUGCAACAGGGUGAGACAACUAAAAAAGAGUUUUUUAGAGAGCUUUUUUAAAAGCUUUUUGAGUUUUAAGGGGUUAACUCUCUUUGUUUGCUGUGACUCAGCUUUCAGAUCCCUCAGACCUUCCCAAGAAUGCCUUCUCUAUCUUCCUGCUGCUGGUUGACCAUCUCUGUGUGGAUCACAUCGACUAUGCACUAGAGAUCGGCCUCUCAGGUACAUCUCAGAAAGAAAAAAUCUUGAUUUAUGUCAGAAUCACAAAUUGUCAAAUCCCACAAAUUUAAAUAGAUCUGGAAAGUCCAUAAAUAGAUGUUUCUAACACUUCACCAUCAGCCUGUUUAUGCACAGCAAACCAGCUGCUGGAAUUGUUUAACAUCCACCUACUUCUGUAGUACACAGUUACAGCAAGAAAUGUGUCAACCCUUGCUAACUUAGCAAUGGCACCUCUUCUGUAACCAUAUUUUAAACAUGCAGUGUGCAGAUGUUAAAGGUGACAAAUACACACUCCUUAACACAACCCAUUGUGUAGAGUUGUGCCCUUCAACCUAGAUGCAAGAGUCCAGCUUCUAAGAUACCAGUGAUUCAUACAGCUAGUUUCCGUCUGCAAACAAAGGUCCAUUCUACAAACUGUAGAAACGGUUUGUUGGCUCUCUCAUCGCAGCACAUUACCUUGUUUCCUAUUAACACAAGGGAAAAUGGACUGACAAUGAUUUGAUUCUGUUGAACCUACAUAACAUCUAGUAUUUGUCUAAACAUGUAUUGGUUAUCAAGGCAAAAAUCUGGCAAACACAAUACAGUCAGGAUAUUUCCUAUGUCAGUGGGUGGACAAGGAUCUCCCCAAAGCAUCAUUGGUUACAACUGACCCGAGAAUACACUAAAUGUUCCCUCUAAAUCAAAGCAGUUCAGUCUCAGGAUUUGGCAUGUCAGCCAAAAAUAUGCAUUCGAUGGUGAAUACUAGGGAUCAAUCAAUAUUGGAGUUUAGUACAGAUUUUUCAUAGUUUAGAGGACUGACAACUGAUACCUGGAACAGUAAAAUUAAAAAACUUUAGAUUUUGGUAUAAGACAAACUUCAAUACUAAAAUUUGCUUUAGCAAUGGUCCAGUCAAAAGUAAAAUGUCAACAUCACAUACAGGAAUAAACAGUCAGCCAGUUCAUCUUGUUCACCUCUUUCUAGCUGAGAGCUGGUAAAACUCAGGUGUGCAGCAGGCAGAGGAGGGGGCAGGGUUGUUUUCUAAGACCACUUUGAUAUUUUAUAUGAAGUAUAAAGCUGUGCCAUAGUGGGGUCUUUUACAUUCUGCUCUGCAUUUGUUUGAGUGAUGACAUGUAAUUUCCAGGAGCUACAGUGGAAUGAAACAUACAUACUGUUAUUAAAGAAAUUAAACUACUGUGUCCAAACUGGAAUUAUAUUCUCUUGACUGUCUGAUACUGGAGCAGAAUCACAGAGGACAACAGUGGCUCUUUGUCCUAUAUGAAUCAUUGAGACGUACACUUUCCCCGGUCUUUGGAUUUAUUGUCUGUACUCAUCCUCUUUUUCUUUGAUCUGCAGCGAUUCCCUCAUCAGACGCCAAGAAUGCCAAUCUGUACUUCCUGGAUGUGGUUCAACAGGCCAACUCCAUCUUCCACUUGUUUGACAAGCAGUUUAAUGACCAGCUCAUGCCUCUUAUCAGGUCAGCUUAGGGUCAAAGCUUAGAAUCACUUGUACUCCACAGUAUUCAGCCAUUAUGCUUGUACUGCCUCUUAUCUGCACAAAGUUUUUAGAUGAAAGGGAAAGCCCAGAUUUGACCUCCUCUAAAAUGUGUGUCUCUAUAGCUCAUCUCCAAAGUUGGCUGAGUGCCUGCAUAAGAAGAAGGAGGUGAUUGAACAGAUGGAAGUGAAACUGGACACAGGGAUUGACAGGUCAGUAUGCUUAGGAGACCACCAACCACUCUCAGAUGUCUAAUAUAAUCUUAACAAUGACACGUCCAAUGACUGUUUUCCUGCUUCAUGCAGAACAAUAAACUGCAUGGUGGGACAGAUGAAGUACAUUCUAGCAACAGAGCAGAAGAAGACUGACUUCAGGCCUGAGGACGAAAACAACGUCAUGAUCCAGUAUACUACAGUAAGAGGCGCACAAUCUCAGUCUCUCCCUCUGAGCUUACACGCAAAGAAAAACAAACUUAGAAGUGAAACAUACAAAUCACUGACCUCUGUCUGGUGCUGUAAGAAAACAAACCUGGAAGUUUAGGGUUGUCGAGUCUCCGUCAGCUGUUUCCAUUAGUCUGUUUUCAUUGUCUUAUUUGUGUCUGUCCCUCUGACAGGCUUGCUCCAAGGUAUGCGCCUAUGUCAGUCGGCAGGUGGAGCAUGUGCGAAAGUCUAUGGACGGAAAAAACGUGGAUACAGUGCUGACGGAAUUGGGCGUCCGCUUCCAUCGGCUCAUUCACGAGCACCUGCAGCAGUACAGCUACAGCUCCAUGGGAGGCAUGCUGGCCAUCUGCGACGUGGCUGAAUACCGACGGUGCGCCAAGGACUUCAGGGUGAGCAGGGUGAAGAGGGGGGGUUCAGGAUGUAUAUGUCACAGGACAGAACAUGACUCCUCACAAAAACUGUACAUUCAGUACAAAAAUACCAAAACUAAUGCAUAGAUGCAGAUUGACACAUUAGAUAUGACAUAUGGCAUAAUUAUUAUUAUUUUAUCGUAAUUUGUGAUGGAAAAAACACAUAUAUUUAGUAAAUAACUGUUUGUUUUACACAUUAAAAAAGCUUGUGUGCCUGUCUCCCUUCCAGGUCCCCCUGGUGCUGCAGCUCUUUGACACCCUCCACGCCCUCUGUAACCUCCUAGUUGUCGCCCCUGACAACCUUAAGCAGGUCUGUUCAGGUGAACAGCUCACCAAUCUGGACCGAAACCUGCUGCACGCCUUCGUCCAGCUCAGAGCGGACUACCGUUCAGCCAGACUGGGUCGACACUUCAGUUAAUGACUGAUUUAACCCCUCCUCGCCCUCCGUCCAGUAACCUACUCAUUGAUGAGACGAUGCACCUUGGACAAACCCAUCCCUGCUUCAGAGAACACACCCAGCUUAUAGACUUUACUGGGAUUUCUCUGAUCAUCAUCCUGACAACAACAGCCGCUGCUCCUUGAAUUUGGGAAAUGUGCAUUUAGCCUUUUUUUCAUUGUUUGUUGCUCCCAUGCUGAUGAAAUGUAAAUGUCUAUUGACUUGAGAUUUGUUUUUAGUUACUAAUCUACUGUCAAUCCCCAUGUUAAAGAGUUCAGAUAUAUUAUAAGUAAAUGGACACCAAUCUCUGUGCUUAUGUAUAAAAGAAGCUUUUUUUGAUUGUGCCAAAUAUCUAAAUUCUGCAGCUGCACAUGUGCAAGGGAGUAGACUUUAGGGCUGUUCUAAAGGGAGACUUUGAACAAUCACCGUAAAGUCCGACAUCAGAACUGCUACCAUUUGUAAUGAACUGCAGGGGUUUUGACAGAAAAGGCCCACAGAUAAGAGCCCUGUCUGCUUAAGAGAGACACAUGACCACCUCUGUAACCUUUGACCCCACCACAAAGUAGAUGUCAAGAGGCCAUUGAGGAGAAGUGUGAUGGGGGCUACGGACAGGUCUGAGAAUCUCUGGAGGUUUGGGUGGUCCCCUUUUAGGCUCAGAUGUCAGUGUGAUGGGUCAGUGAACGUGUGUCACUGUAAUUGCACAGAUCAACACUUGCGCAUCCAGCGGUGCACACAGUCCAAAGACAUUCUAGACUGGAUCUGCAGUGUUUCUGGGUCAGAGGAUGUUGAUGUCUAGCUGGUUAAUGAAAUAAACAAGAGAGGAGGAUUUCUUCUCAGAGGGCACUAAAAGAGAAGACAGAUCAUGUCCCUGAUGCCUGAAAACGAUCUCCUGCGCAAAGCUGCUCCCACUGUACUGCUGUUUACCUUAAUUUGUGACUCAUUAAAAAUAUGUUGCAUUUUA